AUGUAUCAGCAAGGUUGGACCCCAGAUUCUUCACAGCAAAUCACAGAGGAGACAAAGCAACAUGACUUCCAAUAUGCUGCUGCUUCUGAGUAUGACUCAGGUCAAAGCUCCGAGGUCGUUCGGGAAAAUGAGCUAGGCCAGUGGUCCUCCCUUGAUCUCGAACAGUCAUCCCAGGUCUUGGCAGAUUCUUCAACCCAUCACGACAUACUUUCGUCACAGAAUUGGUUUCCAGUCGACGCUGCUGAAGCUAGUUCGUUUGGUAAUAUCAGUGGCAUUGCUCCUGUUGACAUGGAGCUUGUAAGUCUGCCAUCGGCAAGUGAGAAUUUUCCAGCGGAUCCUUCCUUUCUAGAAGAGAACUACGCUCAAUUGCCGCAAGGCGACCUCACGUCUUUCUGGAACACCCCUUUCGAUUUCGGAUGGAGCCCUACUGAUCAUGAGGUCUCCGGCUCUUUGGGUUUGUGUUGGGGAAAUGCUUUGGCAUUCGACGCUACUACCAGCUGCAACAUGAAUGAUGAUGCAGCAAGUGAUGCAACAACUCUCGUACCGAGUGCAGACGAUCUUGCUUCAGUUGUGCCUGCUUCGGGGCCUUCAUUAGGGACUUCGACAUCAUUUAUGACUGACGACGAACGUUGGCAAGCAACAUUGUCCCGCUCCCGCGCCGCAGACCGUCACUUUCUCUACGGCGUACAGACAACCAAAAUCUUUUGUCGUCCAUCCUGCGCAUCCAGACGAGCUUCUCGCAAACACAUAACUUUUUUUUCUUUUCCCAAUGCUAUCGAGGAUGCUAAAAAAGCUGGGUACCGACCAUGCAAGAGGUGUGUACCAGAAAGCUUGGCGGUCGCCGAUAAGGGCGUCAACGGCGUAGUCAAGGCCCUGCAGAUGAUCGUUACCGAUGCGUUCGAGGCAAACGAUUGUCGCGGAAAGCCGCUCAAAUUGGAGGACCUUGCAAAGGCAGCUUGUUUGAGUCCAUUUCAUUUCCAACGCGUAUUCAAGGCCACAACACAGAUCACGCCCGGAGAAUUCGCUACUGCCUGUCAGUCUCUAGCAUUACAGGAUGCACUGGCAAGACAAACUUCAUCUGACAGACAUGUCCUUCCAAGUUUGCAGGUGGUCGAUGGUAUGGAUGUCAAUGAAAUCAUGAAGAAUUAUUCCCGCUGGAGUGUUCGUACCGCCAAGAAAGCCCUGGGUGGUGUCACCCCUUCUGACUAUGCCAUUGGUGCUUCGAAGCUGAAUGUGCACUAUGCAUGCGCAACAUGCCCAGCUGGACCUCUCUGCAUCGCAUACUCCAGUGAGAAUGCAAUACACGCAGUCCUGCUUGGUGAGACGUCAGAGGUGAAAGUCCAGUCACGAUUCUUUCUUCCCACAAGAUCGGAAUUGCACGUGGACGCGGUUCAAAGAUGCAUCCAAAUUCUCAAUGAAGAGUCGAAAGAUCGCGAUUCGGAGCUUCCAAAUAGCCUUUUACCCUCGCUUUGGAGGGCAAGAGUGUGGCUCAAACUCGUACGUGACAACGUUAUGGUGCCUGUGCCAGCUGCAUUGGCCGAGAAGUAA